AAGCCGUGGGCGUGUUUAUGAAAGCGCUGCUGUGGUCUGGUCGCUCUUGUUCUGCUGGCAGCUCACUUCACAUCGUGGAAACCCAAAAGCAGGCGUGUGGGCUGCGUGCAUCUGUGUCCCAGUGCACGGCCGAGCUCCGGCACGGGGUAGCGCAGGAGGAAGAGGAGUGCGAGGAGGAUGCUGGCGCCGCUGCUGCUGCUGCUGCUGGCUGUGCCACUGUGGCAGGCGGCAGAGCUGCGGCUGGGGCUGCGGGGCAGCCCCCGUGGGACAGUGAGCCCAGCCUUCCUCUCCCUCACCCUGGACGCCAGCCUGGCCCGCGAGCCGCGCUUCAUCACCUUGCUCAGCAACCCCAAGCUGCACACCCUGGCCAGAGGGCUCUCCCCCGGAUUCCUGAGGUUCGGUGGCACCAGCACGGAUUUCCUCAUCUUCGAUCCCCACAAGGAUUCGACUUUGGAGGAGAAAAUCCUCUCAGAACUCCAGGCUGAGGAAGGUGCCUGUGGAGCACAGCCUGGCUUCGCUGCGGUGCAGGAGCUGCUGCUCGCCCAGUGGCCCGGCCAGGAGAAGUUGCUCCUCACAGAGCAUUCCCGGAAGAAGCACAAAAACACCACCAUUACAGGUAAGGUUUUGAUGGAUUUACGCAGUGGGGCUUAUAACCGGGGGGGUGCAGGUCUCCGUCCCGUGGUGAAAGGGUCGUGGCUGCCUGUGCCUCCUCCCCACAGGGCACACGCUGGACAUCCUCCAUGGCUUCGCCAACUGCUCAGGCUUCCACCUGGUGUUCGGGCUCAAUGCCCUGCUGCGGCGGCAUGGCCGGGAGUGGGACAGCUCCAACGCUGGGCAGCUGCUGGGCUACUGCGCCCGGCGCGGCUACAACCUCUCCUGGGAGCUGGGCAAUGCUUCAAGAAGAAGUCGGGCAUCUACAUUGACGGCUCCCAGCUGGGGCGGGAUUUCAUCCACCUGCGCCGGCUCCUGAGCCAGCAUCCCCUGUACCGGCACGCCAAGCUGUACGGCCCUGACGUGGGGCAGCCCCGCAAGCACACCCAGCGCCUGCUCAGGAGCUUCCUGAAAUCCGGAGGGAAGGUGAUCGACUCCGUCACCUGGCACCAUUACUACGUGGACGGACGAAGCGCCACGAGGGAGGAUUUCUUGAGCCCCACAGUGCUGGACACCUUUGCCACAGCUGUGCGCGAUGUCCUGGAGAUUGUGGCUGCGACAGUGCCUGGCAAGAAGGUUUGGCUGGGUGAGACCAGCUCGGCGUACGGCGGGGGAGCCCCCCAGCUCUCCAACACCUACCUGGCCGGCUUCAUGUGGCUGGACAAACUGGGGCUCGCGGCCAGGCAGGGGAUCGACGUGGUGAUGAGGCAGGUUUUCUUCGGGGCCGGCAGCUAUCACCUGGUGGACGCCAGCUUUGAGCCCUUGCCAGACUAUUGGCUGUCGCUGCUGUACAAGAGGCUGGUGGGCACCAGAGUGCUGGAGGCCAGCGUGGCAGGAGCAGACGCACGGCGCCUGCGGGUCUACCUGCACUGCACCAACCCCCAGCACCCCAAGUACCGGGAGGGGGACGUGACGCUGUUUGCCUUGAACCUCUACAACGUGAGCCAGAACUUGCAGCUACCCAAGCAGUUGUGGAGCAAGCGGGUGGACCAGUACCUCCUGCUGCCCCACGGCAAGGAGAGCAUCCUGUCCAGGAGGGUGCAGCUGAACGGCCGCCUGCUGCAGAUGGUGGACAAGGAGACGCUGCCCACGCUCCACGAGGCCGCCCUGGCCCCCGGCAGCGCGCUUGGCCUGCCCGCCUUCUCCUACGGCUUCUACGUGAUCAGAAACGCCAAGGCAAUCGCGUGCAUCUAAGUGCGCAGGGGGCACAGGACCUGUCGGGACGCUCAGUGCGGUGCCACACGUUUUUCCUCGGCUGGGAGGCCGCAGUCACAAGAUGGAGCUGUGGCCCCACGUUCUCCAGAGCCUUUGCUUUGCUUUGUUUGCUCGCACACAGCGAGGUUUUGCUCAACAUCAUCAGCACCCUGCGAACCUGAGAGCUCAGCAGGCUGAAAACACACACACUGUAUUUCCCUUCUUAAGCUCGAAAAGGACGCUACCAGCUCCACGGGGUUUAAGGGCAAGGGGCUGGCUUGUGUUUCCUGAGAAAGCUGUGCACCUCCCAGCAGACGGAUGUACUUUGGAAGGCGUGAUUAAAAGUGCACCAUAAAAAGGUUAUAUUUAACCACAGUUUGUGAAAGGAGUGUUUGCCUAGACAGCGUGUGUGUGUUGUGUGAAGGCCUAGCCACCAGGAAGUGAUACACAGCAAAAAUGCGAAUGGGAAAGGCUACGUUUGUGUACACUGUCCACAUUCAAAAUGAGUGCACGGAGCACAAAAUGAGGGGGAAAGUCUCACACUGUCAAUAUCAAGUUGUUAAUGUAUGGUUGUUAUUGCUGCAUAAGCUACAAUUUAGAAACAAAAGUUGAUGGUUGCCUGGUAGCUUCUUUCUAAAACUUUCUAACGGGUUUGUUUCAAUGCUUCUUACUUUUAUAUCUGAAGAUUUAGAAUAAACUCAAUUUACAU